CAGAGCGCGCCGCGAGGUGUCGCGUCUGGUGGACCGGCUGACUGCGGCGGGCUCGAGGGUCCUCGCCGCCGCCCUCACCCGCUCUUCCCCGUCCCCUUCUCCCAGCCCCGGGAGCCCCCGCCCGGGGAGGUGUACCCUUGCCAAGUGUGGAGCUUGAGUAGAGCCGGGGCUGGUGAAAACAUGACAAGCGAGGUGAUAGAAGACGAGAAGCAGUUCUACUCGAAGGCCAAGACGUACUGGAAGCAGAUCCCACCCACGGUGGACGGCAUGCUUGGGGGGUAUGGCCACAUCUCCAACAUCGACCUCAGCAGCUCCCGGAAGUUCCUGCAGAGGUUCCUGAGGGAAGGCCCGAACAAGACAGGAACUUCCUGUGCCCUGGACUGUGGAGCUGGCAUUGGGAGGAUCACCAAGCGGCUGCUUCUGCCACUAUUUAAAGUGGUGGAUAUGGUCGACAUGACAGAGGACUUUCUGGCCAAAGCCAAGAGCUACCUGGGGGAGGAAGGCAAGAGGGUGAGGAACUACUUCUGCUGCGGUCUGCAGGACUUCAGGCCGGAGCCGGGCUCUUAUGACGUGAUCUGGAUCCAGUGGGUGAUAGGCCACCUGACUGAUCAGCAUCUGGCCGAGUUCCUACGGCGCUGUAAGCAGGGCCUCCGCCCCAACGGCAUCAUCGUCAUCAAAGACAACAUGGCCCAGGAGGGUGUGAUCCUGGACGAUGUGGACAGCAGCGUGUGCCGGGACCUUGAUGUGGUCCGCAGGAUCAUCCGCAGUGCAGGCCUCAAUCUCCUGGCUGAGGAGCGACAGGAGAACCUCCCUGACGAGAUCUACCAUGUCUACAGCUUUGCCCUGAGAUGAGCUGCGGUGGCUGGAGAGGCCAGGGACCAGAGCCAAGGUGGGGGGCGCUGGCAGCCAGUGUGGCUCAGGAGUGUCAAGGGGCCGCUAAAUAUAUCUGUCUG